UGGUUCUAAUUAUAGCCAAGUUCUGUCUCAUGAAUGUUAGGGCCUAUAUAAAGACUGUGUCAAGAAUUUUUCAGUAUUUUGUGAACCGAGUGUGUUUUACUCCACGACUGUUCGAGUAAAUAAGCCACUCGGUGUUGAGUUUUGUGUUAUCUUUUUCGGGCAUUUUUUCAGCUCUUAUCAGAAAUGGAUACAGUUGAUUUGUUUUACUUCUGUGAUAAGUACCGGGUGAAGGAAAACAUUACAGGUGCUGAAAACCUAGAGAGUCUUUCUCUGAAAGUUGUAGAAGGCAGCAUGGUUUGGACGCCAGUUACGCCAGUCAAAGAACAAACAACAUACCGAAAGAAAGAUCAAUUUGGAAGGUCUUCACAAAAUGGCUUAAGCACUUUCACAAACUCAAGGAGUGCUGUUAAAUCUGAAACUGUGACUAUCAAUAGAGGCUUGGUUAAAGGCAUCUACACCCACUUAAAAUUGCCUUGUAAAGCUGAGCUGAAAAAGAAAUUUGGGGACCACAUAUCCAUUGAUCCUUGCAGGCAGUGCUACAAUCAUGAAGACAGGUUAACGAUAAACACUAAACAUGUUUAUUCUAAUCCAGAAACUGGUUGGACGUGUACCUACGCAAAAGAUACUUUACAUUAUAAGUUUGAAUGCAGGGUUCAAUGUUUAGGGGAGGUAAUUUUUAUGAACGUGAAUGGAUCUGAGCAGGACAGUAUAACAGGGAUUGUUAGGACAGUGGAGCCCACGUCCAGUCUACUUGAAAGUGGCGUUUUGUCCUGGAAAAUAUCAGGAGAAUAUUCCUACGCUGACAUCACUGAGCCAAUAUAAGAGUCAGAGUUUAAAAAAAAAUUAGCGAUAAAAACUGUGUUUUAGUAAAUGUUAAAAUAAUAAUUGAUCGAAUAAAAUAUCAGAUUUUAUAUUUGCAAUCUUUAAUAUUUUUUUAACAGUGAGUAUGGAUAAAUACUGAAUUUUGCUUAAGCAGAUACAAAACUUUUGUAAAACGUUAAGUAGUUUAACUGAAGGUAAAGGUUUUUUUUAAUUAAAAACUGAAAAGCAAACAUUUUUUAAAAAUAACAUCCGUGCUGAGGCACAUUUUUCAUUAUUGUAUAAUCAUUUACUUUAUUUUUAAAAAGCAAACUUUACUCAUUGCAAUGCUUAAAUAAAACGCUACUAUAUUUAGA